AUGCCCAUCGCGUUUCACCGCUCCAACUUGACCGAAGACCGGAAGCGGCACGUGUACAUCAUUGCGCGCCUCCUGCACUCGAGUGCGUCCAAGACGGCGCUACCCCUUCUCGGACUCGCGAUCAAGAUGGAAGCCCAACUGUUCGUCAUGACGCAUGGCCGCGCUUUAAGCGAAGACGCGAUUCGUCGUCACUUGCUGUACCUGGCGGGCCGCGCGUUCCGAACGCGGUUUCAGACGCGCAACCAUGUUGUCAAGCUUUAA